AUGGGUGAAAGAGAGCAAAACCAGAACACCGUCGCAGCAACACAGGAGGCUUCCCACGUUGCCAUUUACUUUAAUGGGGGGAAGUGCACUGUGCUUCCACCCAUGGGAUCAGCAGCUGUAGGAGGAGGGCAAUGGCGAGCACCUCAAAGCAAAGUGACCCUCAUCCCGCCAAUGCAAACAACACUAGCUGUCAAGGCUAUAAACCCUCCUCAUAAUUCAAGAUUGUGCAGCACAUGGGGCAACUUCCAUUUCAAGACCUUUGAUGGAAAUAUCUAUAACUUCCCUGGACUCUGUAAUUAUGUUUUUGCGUCACACUGCAAAUCCCCUUAUGAAGACUUCAACAUCCAAAUACGGCGUACUGAGUUUGAUAAUGUUGCUACCAUUGACCACAUAGUCAUAAAGCUUGAUGGAACAGGCAUUGAAUUGACCCCAAACAUUAUUACUGUCAAUGGAGAACAUGUCAAUCUGCCUUACAGUAAGUCAGGAAUCCUGAUGGAGAGAAACUCAGAUUAUUUGACAGUAAAAUCCCAGUUAGGUGUUCAUCUUAUGUGGAACGGAAAGGAUGCCCUUCUGGUGGAACUGGAUGAAAAAUAUAUGAAUCAGACCUGCGGUCUUUGCGGGGACUUCAAUGGAAUUACAACAUUCAAUGAAUUGAUUUCAAAUGGCAUACAAUUGAAUCCUGUGCAGUUUGGAAACUUGCAAAAGAUGGAUGGACCCACAGAACAAUGCCAGGAUCCUCUCCCUUCCGCUCCAAGCAACUGCAGCAGUGAAUUUAAUGCUGUCUGUGAAUCCAUAUUGACUGGAGAAGCAUUCUUGGGCUGCAAUGCAUUAGUGGGCAUGGAAAAUUAUGCUGAUGCUUGCAUACAUGACUUGUGCAACUGUGAGAAGUCUGAAACCAAUGCCUGUAUUUGUGACACUAUUGCUGAAUACUCUAGACAAUGUGCUCAUGCUGGUGGCCAGCCCCUUGAAUGGAGAAGUGAAGUCCUGUGUGCCAAGAGCUGCCCUUUCAAUAUGGAGCACAAAGAAUGUGGAUCUCCUUGUUCUGAUACCUGUACCAAUCCUGAAAGAUCCCAACUCUGUGAAGAUCACUGUACAGAUGGCUGCUUUUGCCCCCCAGGUACUGUGUAUGAUGACAUUAACAACUCUGGCUGCAUCCCUCUUGAGAACUGUCAUUGUACUUACAAUGGGGAUACCUAUGCCCCUGGGGCUUCCUUUGCAUCCCAGUGCAGUUCAUGUCAAUGUACUGGAGGCCAAUGGGCUUGUGUCAGUCAGUCCUGCCCAGGCACAUGCUCCAUCCAAGGAGGCUCCCACAUCACAACAUUUGAUGGAAAGCACUAUUCCUUCUUUGGUGACUGUAGCUACGUCCUCACUAAGAUCUGUGACAGUGAUGACUUCACUAUUGUGGCAGAAAUUCGCAAGUGCGGUAUGACAGACACUGAAACGUGCAUGAAAGGCAUAGGCAUAGUCCUGAAUGGUGGAGCGACUGUAAUUGUCGUCAAGUCUAAUGGGGCUGUGUUUGUGAAUACGAUGUCCACUCAGCUGCCCUUCUCAGCAUCCAAUAUCACCUUGUUCAAACCUUCAACAUUCUUCAUCGUUGGAAAAUCAAAUAAUGGCAUACAGUUUGCUAUCCAGAUGACGCCUCUCAUGCAGGUGACCAUACAUGCGGACCCUGUUCAUAAAGAAAAAACUUGUGGUCUUUGUGGAAACUUCAACAGUGCACAGGCAGAUGACUUCAAAGCUAUCAGUGGAGUUGUAGAAGGAACCUCAGCUGCUUUUGCCAAUACCUGGAAGACACAGGCUGAUUGUCCUGAUAUCAAGAACAUAUUUGAGAAUCCAUGCACCCUCAGCAUUGAAAAUGAAAAAUAUGCUUCACACUGGUGUGGACUGCUGACAGACAGCAAUGGGCCAUUCCAGAAAUGCCACUCUGUAGUUGAUCCAGCUGUUUACCACACAAACUGUAUGUUUGACACCUGUAAUUGUGAAAAGAGUGAGGACUGUUUGUGUGCUGCUCUGUCUUCCUACGUCCGAGCCUGUGCUUCCAAAGGGGUGAAGCUGACCGGUUGGAGAACCAGUGUCUGCACCAAAUACCAAAUAUGUCCUGAAACCCUGACUUACCAAUAUGAAAUUGAGACAUGCCAACCCACAUGCCGAUCACUGAGUGAGCCAGAUGUCACCUGCAACAUUCAGUUUACUGCUGUGGAUGGAUGUACUUGUGAAGAAGGGACAUUCCUGGAUGAAAGUGGCAAAUGUGUACCCCCUACUAGUUGCCCAUGUUAUUAUAAAGGGUCUCCCAUACCAUCUGGAGAAGUGGUUCGUGAGAAUGGCAAGAUGUGCACUUGCACAAAAGGAAAGCUUCAGUGCAUUGGAGAAGCGAGACCUCAACCAGUAUGUGAUGCCCCCAUGAUCUACUUUGAUUGUCAGAAUGCCACAUUAGGUGUCACUGGAGCCGAGUGUCAGAAAAGCUGCCAGACUCUUGACAUGGGAUGUUAUAGCACACAGUGUGUGUCUGGCUGUAUGUGUCCUAAUGAGCUGAUAUAUGACGGCAAAGGUGGCUGUGUGGCUGCUGAAGAAUGUCCUUGCACUCACAACGAAGCCACCUACAAGGCAGGAGAAACCAUCAAAGUGAAAUGUAACACUUGUACUUGCAAAAACAGAAAAUGGGAAUGCUCUGAUGAACUUUGCCUGGAAACCUGCUCAGUAUAUGGAGAUGGUCAUUAUGUCACCUUUGAUGGUAAACGCUACAGCUUCGAGGGAGAAUGUGAAUACACUUUGGUCCAGGAUCACUGUGGCAAAAACAGUACAAAUGCAGGAACCUUCCGAAUUAUUACAGAGAAUGUGCCCUGUGGUACCACUGGGACUACCUGCUCAAAAGCCAUUAAACUGUUCAUAGGGGACUAUGAGUUAAAACUGGCUAAUGAAAAAUUUGAAGUGAUACAGAGAACCCCCGGUAGUAGUACAGUGCCAUUCAAGAUCCGAUACAUGGGUACCUUCAUGGUUGUUGACAGCCCAAUUGGAGUGGUAUUAAUGUGGAAUAAGAAAACCCAACUCAUUAUCAAAAUGACUCCUGCUUAUAGGGGUCAGGUAUGCGGCCUUUGUGGAAACUUUGAUGGCAAUGAUGCCAAUGAUUUCACCACCAGGAGUCAGUCGGUAGUAACAGACAUUGUGGAAUUUGGUAACAGCUGGAAGGUGUCUCCCACUUGCCCGGAAACUCCACAGCCCAAAGACCCUUGUACUGCAAACCCAUACAGGAUGUCUUGGUCCCAGAAGCAAUGCAGCAUCAUUAACAGCCAAACAUUUGCUCCCUGCCAUUCUCAGGUUGAACCCACUAAAUAUUAUGAGGCUUGUGUAUCCGAUGCCUGUGCUUGUGACACAGGAGGAGACUGUGAAUGUUUCUGCACAGCUGUAGCAGCCUAUGCCCAAGCAUGCAGUGAAGCUGGUGCCUGUAUUUCCUGGAGAACUCCAAACAUAUGCCCUAUAUUCUGUGAUUACUACAAUCCAAAGGGGGAAUGUGAAUGGCACUACCAACCCUGUGGCGCUGCUUGCCAGAAGACUUGCAGAAAUCCAGAGGGAAAAUGCAUACAUGAAUUACAAGGCUUGGAAGGCUGUUAUCCAAAAUGUCCAGAGGAUAAACCUUAUUUUAAUGAAGAUGACAUGAAUUGUGUCUCUGAGGAUCAGUGUGGAUGCUUUGAUGAUAAAGGAUACCAUUAUAAGCCAGGAGAACAAAUUCCUUCAGAAAAGAGUUGUCAAUCAUGCCAGUGCUCAAUGGAAAGCAAGACGAUAUGUGCACAUGAUGAAAAUGCACCUACAACUACACUUUGUGUUCAGGAAAAUUGCCAUUGGUCACAGUGGUAUGAUGUGAGCCAGCCUGGUUCUGGAGAAGAUGGUGGUGAUUUUGACAGUUUUGAUCACCUGAGAGCUGAGGGUUAUAACAUCUGUAAAACUCCAAAGAAAGUUGAAUGUCGGGCUGAGAAAUUCCCCAAUACUCCAUUAAGUGAACUGGGCCAAAAAGUUGAAUGCAAUACUGAAGUGGGAUUAAUCUGCUACAAUAACGACCAGAGUACAAAGAAGUGCCAUAAUUAUCAAAUGAGAAUCCAAUGUUGCAGCUUUGUACCAUGUGGUUACACUACUGCCUCCACAUCUCAGGCUACUACAGUCUCCACAGCUCCAACAGCAACAACCACACCGUCUACUGCAGAAAGUACAUCUACAACUUCUAUUCCCACAACUUCCUCUACUCCCGAAACUACAACAGUAACAACCACACCAUCUACAAAAGAAAGUACUACCACGACUACUAUCCCCACAACAUCAACUACAACUCGAGAGCCUACAACAGUAACAACCACACCCUCUACUACAGAAAGUACAACCACGGCUACUGCUCCCACAACAUCAACAACUCCAAAAACUACAACAGUAACAACCACACCCUCUACUACAGAAAGAACAACCACAACUACUAUCCCCACAACAUCAACUCCAACUCCAGAACCUACAACAGUAACAACCACACCCUCUACUACAGAAAGUACAACCACAACUACUACCCCCACAACAUCAACUCCAACUCCAGAACCUACAACAGUAACAACCACACCCUCUACUACAGAAACUACAUCAACUUUGACCUCAACAAGUGAAAUAUGCACACAAGAAUUCUGUGAAUGGUCCAAGUGGUAUGAUGUAAGUUACCCGGGUGCAGCACUUGAUGAUGGAGAUUUUGACACAUUUAAGAAUAUAAGAGCCAAAGGAUAUAAGGUUUGUAAAGCUCCAAGAAAUGUUGAAUGCAGAGCGGAACGAUUUCCCGAUACUCCACUACAAGAAUUGGAACAAAAGGUUAUUUGCAGUAAAACAGAGGGACUAAUAUGUUAUAACAAAGAUCAAUUUCCACCAAUUUGCUACAACUAUGAAAUGAGAAUUGAAUGCUGCAAAAAAAUAAUUGUACCAUGCCCCACUAGCUCACCAUUAACAACUACACAACCACCAACUUCAACAUCAAAAUAUACAACAGCAGUCAAAACCACGAAGAAACCAACUACGACAACAGAGACGACAACAGUAAUGCGAGAAACAACCACAACAGUCCAACCUAUCAUUACGCAGAUUCGCACAACUAGACAGCCAUCUACAGCACAACAAAGAGAGAGAACAACUGAAGUUCCCGAAACCACAGCCACCACAAAGAUGACACCACGAACUACCAGUCCAGUUCUAACUACGACCACAAGAGUUACUUCAGCAACAUCCAAGCCAGUAACAACAAGACCUGAAAUUGUUACAUCCACAAUUACGACCACAAAAAAACCCAUAGAAACUACUACUACUACUAGUAAAUCCUCCACUCCUAAAUCUACCAAAGACCAUACAACCACUUUGCCUACCACCACAUCCUUGCCAACAACCAGUACAAUCCAAGUGACAACAACAUCUCCGGAAACACCUUGCUCACCCACGAAAUGCCAGUGGUCCGAGUGGUAUGAUGUUGACUAUCCUACUGUAGGACCUAAAGGAGGAGACAUAGAAACAUAUGACAACAUCCGGGCAGCAGGAGGAAAAAUUUGUCCCAAGCCAUCAAAUAUUCAGUGUAGGGCUGAAAGGCACCCUGAGCUAACGAUUGCAGAAGUGGGCCAAGUUGUUGACUGUGAUGUCAAGAAAGGGCUGGUUUGCGAGAACCAACAACAAAAAGGGAAAUUUAAGCAGUGCUUAAACUUUGAAUUACGGGUAUUUUGCUGUGAACAAAACCCAGAGUGUCCGCCCACACCCGUACCAAGCACAACCACUAGCAAACCAGUUACUACAACCACCACAACAGUUGCUUCAACAACAACAACCAAGCCAGUAACAACAACAAAACCUGAAACUACCACGACUGUUACUACCACCACCACAACUCCUACCACCACCACAACUCCUACCACCACCACAACUGCUAGUACCAAAGUAACCACAGGAGCAACAACGACUAGAUCCUCCACUCCUAAAUCUACCAGAGAGCAUACAACCACUUUGCCUACCACCACAUCCUUGCCAACAACCAGUACAAUCCAAGUGACAACAACUUCUCCGGAAACACCUUGCUCGCCCAUUAAAUGCCAGUGGUCCGAGUGGUAUGAUGUUGACUAUCCUACUGUGGGACCUAAAGGAGGAGACAUAGAAACAUAUGACAACAUUCGGGCAGCAGGAGGAAAAAUCUGUCCCAAGCCAUCAAAUAUUCAGUGUAGGGCUGAAAGGCACGCUGAGCUAACGAUUGCAGAAUUGGGCCAAGUUGUUGACUGUGAUGUCAAGAAAGGGCUGGUUUGCGAGAACCAACAACAAAAAGGGAAAUUUAAUCAGUGCUUAAACUAUGAAGUACGGGUAUUAUGCUGUGAACAAAAUCCAGAGUGUCCACCCACACCCAUACCAAGCACAACCACUAGCAAACCAGUUCCUACAACCACCACAACAGUCGCUUCAACAACAACAAUCAGGCCAGUAACAACAACAAAACCUGAAACUACCACGACUGCUACUACCACCACCACAAUUCCUAUCACCACCACAACUGUUAGUACCAAAGUAACCACGGGAGCAACAACGACUAGAUCCUCCACUCCUAAAUCUACCAGAGAGCAUACAAACACUUUGCCUACCACCACAUCCUUGCCAACAACCAGUACAAUCCAAGUGACAACAACUUCUCUGGAAACACCUUGCUCGCCCAUUAAAUGCCAGUGGUCCGAGUGGUAUGAUGUUGACUCUCCUACUGUAGGACCUAAAGGAGGAGACAUAGAAACAUAUGACAACAUUCGGGCAGCAGGAGGAAAAAUCUGUCCCAAGCCAUCAAAUAUUCAGUGUAGGGCUGAAAGGCACCCUGAGCUAACGAUUGCAGAAUUGGGCCAAGUUGUUGACUGUGAUGUCAAGAAAGGGCUGGUUUGCGAGAACCAACAACAAAAAGGGAAAUUUAAUCAGUGCUUAAACUUUGAAUUACGGGUACUUUGCUGUGAACAAAACCCAGAGUGUCCGCCCACGCCCGUACCAAGCACAACCACUAGCAAACCAGUUCCUACAACCACCACAACAGUCGCUUCAACAACAACAACCAGGCCAGUAACAUCAACAAAACCUGAAACUACCACGACUGCUACUACCACCACCACAAUUCCUAUCACCACCACAACUGCUAGUACCAAAGUAACCACUGGAGCAACAACGACUAGAUCCUCCACUCCUAAAUCUACCAGAGAGCRUACAACCACUUUGCCUACCACCACAUCCUUGCCAACAACCAGUACAAUCCAAGUGACAACAACWUCUCCGGAAACACCUUGCUCGCCCAYDAAAUGCCAGUGGUCCGAGUGGUAUGAUGUUGACUMUCCUACUGYRGGACCUAAAGGAGGAGACAUAGAAACAUAUGACAACAUYCGGGCAGCAGGAGGAAAAAUCUGUCCCAAGCCAUCAAAUAUUCAGUGUAGGGCUGAAAGGCACSCUGAGCUAACGAUUGCAGAAUUGGGCCAAGUUGUUGACUGUGAUGUCAAGAAAGGGCUGGUUUGCGAGAACCAACAACAAAAAGGGAAAUUUAAUCAGUGCUUAAACUUUGAAAUACGGGUAUUUUGCUGUGAACAAAACCCAGAGUGUCCACCCACACCCAGGACCACCACCACGAUAACUACAAUCAUAACGUCAACCUCUCCUAUUUCCACCACAACUGCAGAACUUAGUACUACUUCUAUAGUGACAGAAACACCAACACCAACCUCCUCAGCCAGCAGCACAACUCAAUGUCUCUGUCAAAUUGGGGAAAAAACGUAUCAUCCUGGUGAGACUAUUUACAAUACAACAGACAGUGAUGGCUGUUCUUUUUAUGCCGUUUGUGGCUUAAAAUGUUCUGUUGAGAGGUCUAAAGGGCCAUGCCCAGCAACAUCACCCACACCAACUCCAACUGUUGUGAUCACAACUCCCUCUACAACUCCUGCUACCACAACACCGCUAAUUGGCUGUCCUGAUGUUAUUCCGCCCAGGCAGGUUGGUGAGACAUGGACAUCAAACUGCACAAGAUAUACUUGUGAAGGAAACAACAAAAUUGCUGUGAGUCAUGUCAAAUGUCCAAAGGUACAGGAUAUUGUGUGUGAAAAUGGAUACCCACCUGUAAAAGUCUUCCAAGAUGAUGGCUGUUGUUACCACUAUGAAUGUGAAUGUGUAUGCAGUGGCUGGGGUGAUCCUCACUACAUCACCUUUGAUGGAGUUUACUACACCUUCCUGGACAAUUGUACAUACGUCUUGGUGAAGGAGAUCACACCGACACAUGACAACUUUACCGUUCUUGUUGAUAAUGCCUUUUGUGAUUCAGAAGAUGGACUUUCAUGUCCUAAGUCUACCAUUAUUAAGUACAAGACUUCAACAGUAAUUUUAACCCGUGAAAAUGUUGAUGGCAUGGAAACCAAUAAGGUUUACUUCAAUGACAAGGUUGUCAGCCCAGGUUAUCAUCAUGAUGGCAUGUAUAUCUCCUCACAAGGCAUCAAUAUGGUGGUUGAGAUCCCUGACAUUGGUUGUGUGAUAUCCUUCAGUGGCUUUAUUUUCUUGAUCAAGCUUUCGCCCAUCUAUUUUGCCAACAAUACUGAAGGACAAUGCGGUACCUGCACAAAUGAUAAAAAAGAUGAAUGCCGCUUACCAAAUGGUGAGAUUACUAGUAGCUGUUCCCGCAUGGCUCCCUAUUGGAGAGUUCACGAUGACAAGAAAAAGUACUGCCUUGGACCAGUACCAACACCAUCACCUACAGAAUCUCCAACCCCCUGUCCACCUAGUGAACUUUGCAAGAUCAUUUUGCAUGAUAUCUUCUCCGAGUGCCAUGACAUCAUACCACCUGAACCCUUCUACCGAGGCUGCCUCUUUGAUUCUUGCCACCAAACAAAUACCUCCGUGCAAUGUUCUGGAUUAGAGAUAUAUGCUUCUCUCUGUGUCUCAAAAGGUGUCUGUGUUGACUGGAGAGCAAGUACCCAGGGUCAAUGCUCAUACAACUGUCCUGCAGGCAAAAUAUAUAAAUCAUGUGGCCCUCUCAACCCUCAAACAUGUGAGAGGAGUUCUGUUUAUCAUAAUGGCAGUGGAAUCACUGAAGGUUGUUUCUGUCCUGAAGGAACCCAACUCUAUAGCGAACAUAGUGAUGUCUGUGUUAGUGAAUGUGGUUGUACGGGUCCAGAUGGGCAGCCCAAAGCGCCUGGAUCAACUUGGAUCAGCAACUGCCAGGAGUGUACUUGUGAGAAACAUUCUCGUAGGGUGAGAUGUAAACCGAUGGCAUGUAAAGUGUCACCUACUCCAAUGGACUGCCCAUUGAAAGGAUUUGUUCCCGUCCAAGUGAUGACACCUGAAGAUAAAUGCUGUCCCCAGACACAAUGUGUGUGCAACACUUCUUACUGUACACAAACCAUCAAAUCCUGUCCAGUUGGAUAUACACUGAAACAACAAAAUCUGCCAGGAGACUGCUGCAUUAAUACCACUUGUGAGAAAGUACCAGGCUGUGUUGUUGGUGGCAACCUCUACCAGCCUGGAGCAAGGGUUCCAGGAGGCAUAUGUGAAAGCUGUACAUGCUCUCUAGAAGAAGACUCAGAGACCGAAUCAAAUGAAGUGAAAUGUGUGUCACAAGUGUGUCAUACAAGCUGCCCAGUGGGUCAAGAAUACAAGCAAGUGCCUGGACAAUGCUGUGGUAACUGCACUGCAGUGGCUUGUGUCCUGAAACUAGGACCCAAUGAAUCCCAAGCUAUUAAGCCUGGAGAACGCAUGCACCCUCCUGGAGACAACUGUACCUUCUAUGAAUGUGAUAUGAUUGAUGGCCAGUAUGUUCUUGUCACUACCAAGAAAACCUGCCCUGUGUUUGAUUCAACUGCCUGCAAGCCUGAGGAUGUAAUAAAAACAGAUGAUGGCUGCUGUAAGAUGUGCCGACAACCAUUGAAAAUCUGUACGCCAAAAAGCACAAGAAGUGUCAUCAAAUACAAAGGCUGCGUAGCUUCUUCACCAGUUGAAUUAACAUAUUGUGAAGGACACUGUGGCAGCUCUUCCAUAUAUUCUUACAAGGCAAACACAUUGAAUCACAGCUGCCAGUGCUGCAAGGAACUCAGGACAACCAAGAAGCAAGUGACACUGACUUGUGCAGAUAACUCCACCCUGGAUUAUUCUUACAUUUAUAUUGAUGAGUGUGACUGCAUGGGUAGCGAAUGCAAUCCCCAGCCCACCUCCUCAUCAGAACAACAGCAACAAGAAGAAGAGGAACAGCAACAGCAGCAGGAGGAGCAACAACAGCAAGAGCAGCAACAGCAGGAAAUACAACAGACACAAUAGUACCAGCAAGGACAGGCCAAUACAUCGAUUUUAAUGACAGAGUACAAAAUAAAUUGAAAUAAAUAUUCUAUCAAGUAGAAAAAUAUCCAGGGCAGCAUUGAAAACAUACAGAUGAAUAUUUUUCUAGAUUUACUUUGUCUUUGUGUUUUCUAUCUUCUUUUCUUUGGGGUACCAAACAAGAAAUUCUCAGGUUUAUGCUUUUCUUGAGUGAGUUACCCUAUCCAGCUGCAAAUUAUAUGGGAAGGGGGUGGAGACCUUGGUGUGAAUUAUUAGGAUGCUGGUAGGAAUAUUAAAGGCCCUUGACUUGACUCCGCCCGCCCUUGUAAAGUUAGGACUCCAAUAUUAGCCAAGUGUCACAUGGAUAGCAACAUUUCUAAUGGAAGCACAUGACUUCUUUUCUUGACCACUAGUUGGCACUAGCCAGACAUCAUUAUGGAGCAGAAGAGCUACUAGGAGAGGCCCAUUCCAUUCCAUUUCAAUUUCAUUCCUCAAGACUGUUUGUUCAUAUUUACAGUACAAAAGCUAAGCACCUACUUUCCCAGUUUUUGCUCUGUUCUUUCAACUUCUGUUUCUACAAACUUCAGUCUGGUGAAAGACGUGGGGCUACAGAACUAGGUUAUUUGUAGAUUAUUCUUGUGCAAAAUGGCAACAAACAAACCCUGAUGAAGUACGGCUGCUGCUGAAGAAAAUUCUCUGUUUACAUAGUAUCCUCAGCAUAGUAACUGUAUAAAGAUUUGAAUGUUUUUAAUAACUGUUUACAGAAUGAGUAUAGAUUAGAUAUAGAGAUGUAUAUGCCAAAGGGUCAUAUGAAGAACUUUUGUAAAUUGAAAUAAUAGCAAAAGCAAUAAUAUAAAUUCUGUUCCAAGCCAGCUAGUUAUUUUUUAAUGUUGUACCAUUACUAUUUAUUUGUUAAGGGAAAAUAGACUUCAGGGGCUAUUUUCUUCAGAAUUAUUACUGCCUGGUUGAGGGAUAACUUCACCUUUGCCAUUUUUGUUUCUUUAAAAGAACUGCUACAAUGAUUAAUAAACUUUCAGCAUUUUGCAA